GUGUGUUGGUGGGGGAGGGGUAUCGGCUGGGGUGGAACAGUCCUGUAAUGAGCAGAUUUUACAGAGGCAGCAACAGAAAGGCCUAAAAACCAGCAGGGGUUGGAUGACUUGUUGGGAUUUUACAAAAACUCUGGCACGGAGGCGACAAAGAGGGAAGGAUAGCUUCUGCACCUGCAUCCUCAUCCUCGGUAUCCGAGCUGAGCGGAGAACCGGAGAGAAGGAGGGAGAUUUUCACAGGCUGAGUCUGUUUGUGUGGUGAUGGAUGAGACUCUCUGAGACAUGAUUGCUUGUUUCCAGGCCACACUGUAGAGAAACAGGGACUCAGUUUCUCCUCUCCUCUUCUGUGUGUUGGUUGGUUUAAUGGCGUACCAGCGCAGCAGCAUCCUUGUCCUGUAUCCGACUCGGUGCGCCAGGGAUGUGAGGAUGCUCUAAUGUCUGAGUGAGGCGGCUCGGUUGCUGCUGGCGCUCUGUGGGCCUGCUGGAAAAGCCUAGGCCUCGCUUGUCUGGAGUGACUCGGCUGAGGAGCAGGAAGGUGGAGGAGGAGAGGCACUCGGAGUCUGCAUGCCCAGGGGAAGAGGCAUGCAGGGAGGCUGCGUUCAUCUCUCCAGAGCCACCGCCGAGGCGUGGAUUGCUUCUCUGUUUCACUCCUGCAGUUUUUAAAAGGAGCAGCCAGUGUUUUACAUCCUAAACUGAAAGGAGGCGAAGUGAGGCCCUACAUCUCCUGCUACCUGAUCCAAACAAGGCCUCCUCUCCCCGUACUCCCUCUGAGUGAAGCUCCGCUUUAACUUUUCUUCACAUUCUAAGGAUUUGCCUAAACCUGUUUCAUGCAUGUCCACUGGAGGCAGGUUUGACUUUGAUGACGGGGGGUCGUACUGCGGGGAGUGGGAGCAAGGCAAGGCCCAUGGCCGAGGUGUAUGCACUGGGCCCCAGGGUCAGGGUGAGUAUGCGGGGGCCUGGAGCCACGGCUUCGAGGUCCUGGGCGUGUACACGUGGCCCAGCGGGAACAGCUACCAGGGCACCUGGGCGCAGGGCAAGCGCCACGGCAUCGGGGUGGAAAGCAAGGGCCGCUGGGAGUACAGGGGGGAGUGGACGCAGGGCUUCAAGGGUCGCUACGGGCAGCUGGAGAGCACGGCCAGCGGGGCCCGGUACGAGGGGACGUGGAGCAACGGGCUGCAGGACGGCUACGGCACCGAGACCUACUCAGAUGGAGGGACCUAUCAGGGCCAGUGGCUGGCCGGGAUGCGGCAUGGCUAUGGCAUACGGCAGAGCGUUCCAUAUGGCAUGGCAGCAGUCAUCCUCUUUCCUCUCAGAACAUCCAUAAACUCCUUAAGGUCCGAGCACAGCCACGGACCUGCGGCCACACUGGAGGACGGGGUUGCCAACACGCCCGCAGACGGGGUGGUUGCUGGGUUUGCAGGGAGUCCGGUGGGUCGAGGUGGAUUCGCUCUGACGGCUCCAAGUGAAGCGGACCGACAGAGGAAGAGAAAGGGACGAUUCAGGCAGUCCAUCCUCAGCGGCCUGAAGCUGCGGCGCUCCGAGUCCAAGAGCUCCCUGGCCAGUCAGCUCAGCAAGCAGAGCUCCUUCUGCAGCGAGGCCGGCAUGAGCACCGUCAGCUCCGCCGCCUCCGACAUUCACUCCAACGCCAGUGAGAGUGAGCAGGGCGCUCCAGUGGAUGCCACUGUGACUGAAAUGUAUGCCGGGGAAUGGAGGAGCGAUCAGAGGGCUGGCUGGGGCAUAAGCCGGCGUUCUGACGGGCUGCACUAUGUAGGAGAGUGGGCAGUCAACAAGAGGCACGGGUAUGGAUGCACCACCUUCCCAGAUGGCACCAAGGAGGAAGGAAAGUACAAGCAGAACACACUGGUGAGCGGAAAACGUAAAAACCUGAUUCCACUGAGGGCCAGUAAAAUCAGAGAGAAGGUGGACCGAGCUGUGGAGGCUGCAGAGAAGGCUGCAGACAUUGCCAAGCAGAAAGCAGAGAUCGCAAUGUCACGGAUGAGCCACGCCCGUGGGAAGGCGGAGGCUGCUGAAAGGGUGGCGCAAAAAGCGAUGGAGGAGUGCCAACUGGCCCGGAUGACUGCCAAAGAACUCUCGCCCUCCUUUCAUAUCUACGGCAACGGGCUCGAAUGUCAGACGCUCAAACACCAGGACGCCAAGGACAAAGACCACGAGGUCAUCUCCACAGGAACAGACAGUCCUGAGCUGUGCACGCCGGACACCACGCCGCCUGUAAUAACACCUGAUCUCAGCCCCGUGCUGAGCGUCCCCACCUCGCCCCCUCGCAGCCCGCAGAAGCACGCUCACCGGCCCAGAAACGCCUGCUUCAUGCGGCAGAGCGCAGUGGACGAUCAGGGUGGGGCUGAAAUUCAGGUGUUGGUAGAGGGGCGUGGAAUGGACCUGCAGAAGCCAGGUGCCAACAAUUGCACUGAAGAUGUUUAUCCGGAGCGAGAAGGCAGCAGUCGCUCGACCACUCCCUCUCUGCUGGAAGAGCACGAGACCCAAAUCAACGGCCACGAGCAAGCCCCACUGUCUAAUCACAAACACCGGGAGAAAUCCUUGUCCAAUCACAAGUCCCGGGAUUACAGGGCAUGGGAGCACCCCCUGUCUAAGCAUGCCAGCUCCAAUCACAAAUCGAGAGAGUACUCGUCCUCCAAUCACAAUACAUGGGAUCAUUCCUCCACCAAUCACAAGGCCUGUGAGCAUGCCUCUUCCAACUACAAGCCACAGGUGCACAUUUUAUCCAAUCACAAGGCCUUUGAACAUGACAUGUCCAAUCACAAGACUUCUGAGCAUGCUUCUUCCAAUCACAAGUCCCAAGACUAUAUCUCCUCCAAUCAUCAUGCAAAGGACCAUAUUUCUUCCAGCGUCAAUGCUCGAGAGCAUGACUACUCCAACCAUCAUCCCAAGCAGCACAACCCCUCCACCCACAAGCUCACUGAGCAUGCUGUUAUCGACCAAAGGCUGGACAGCCUCACUGGGGGGUGGACUGCUGAAAGCUCCCUCAGGUGGAGCCCCGCCCACUCUCGCCUCACCGAGCAGGAUGAGGAGAGGAUGAGCGACUACACGGUCGACAUGAGGCUUCACUGUCCGGAUUCACAAACAACGGUGGAACUGGGUCAGGAGUCCCCAGCUCCGCAGAACAACCGUCUGCGAUCGCGGGGCCUACGGCCGGUCCGGGAGGGUUCCAUGGACUCUGUACAGAUGCUGGACAACCUGAAUGUGGGGCCAGAGCUGGAGGAGUGGCCGCUGCACAGGGACCUGACCCUCUCCCCGCCCCUACAGUCUCCGCCCAUCACCCUGGAGCAGGAAGGAGAGCAUCUCAUUAUCAAAUCAAACUCAGGCUCCAGCUCUAUUCUGGUGGUUAUGGUCAUUUUACUCAAUAUUGGAGUAGCCAUUCUUUUCAUCCACUUCUUUAUUUAAACAUUAUGCAGUUAUAAUCUACUAAGACAUAUUGAUAACUACGGUAUAUGACAUUAUCUCUAACUAAGAUGGACGUCCUGCUUGUUGGACCAGAGUGAUGGACACAGCAGAGCCUUUCUAUUGUUGCUACUGGUCGUUCCCCUUCUGUUAAAGCCUGUUUCGGUUCUUUCUUCCUUUUCAGAUGCUUGUUUUGAGCUUGCAAACAUGAGGAGGAGGAGACUUUUUGAGUCAAGAGAGCAGCUUUAAUUGGGACACACAUGCAUGGUUGUCCAUCACCGACAGAUUGAAGGUGGCGCCAGCCUACACAAGAAUAUAGCAACCCUUGUUUCCUGGUUACCAUGACGAUCAUGCUAACCAAGAGCGUGGCUCACUCUCCAUCCUUUAACCCUUUCCCCUCUCCAGUCCCUAUCGGCACUAUGCGCUACGUACAAAACUAUGCUGCAAGAGUAGAACCAUUUUAAAGGGCUCUGUCAUCAUCCUUUUCUUUUUCUUCCAAUACAAACACACACAACCAUUGCAUGAGGCUGUGUACGGUUUGAACAAGUGUGUUCUUUCUAUCCCUUUAAUCGACUCAGUUUCGCCCCGCAUCCAUCACCUUCACCGUCAGCGCCGAAUCGGUCCAGAUUCUCGUCUGAUUCUUGGAAUCAGACGCCAGCACACGCCUGAAUUUACGAUGAGUGGGUGGGAUUUAUAUGUUAAAACACACACAUCAGCACGCAGAGAAUAAAACACGUAAAGCAACCGAGGUUUCAGCCUCGCCCCCCUUUGUACAGCCUGGAGACUGUUAUGUUAUAACCACUAAUUCUAAUAUAUAUGUCGAUGUGUCAUUAUUAUCCGACUUUGUUACUUUUUGUAGUUUGCAAGAUAGAGAGAAUGCUGAGUGCCUCGUAUUUAUUGCUUUCUCCUUUGAAAUGUUCAUUUCUAUGGAGCCCGCGAGGGGACAUGGGGGAUUUUUUUUUUCUUUUGCGCCCCACGCAAUACUUUUGCGUUCGCUCGCAAAAGUUGUUAAUCACCUAUGGUUUAUUUGUCAUAUGUAG